GCAGACAUGGAGCAGCCCGUGAUGAAAGCCAGAUCGCCAGUGGGUCAGAUGUGUUCGGUGGUGGCACCCGCCUCGGCCAAGCAGCCUUCCUCCGCCCCCUCUCCCUCCAACACCAUGGGCCCCAAGGAGGUGGAGCUGAUUCUGGUGAAGGAGCACAACGGCGUCCAGUUCACCACCUCCACGUUGGUCAGCCCUGCUGGACACCCCCACGGCCACGGCCUUGCUCUGGGCCCCAGUCACGGACACACCCCUGUCCCCGGAGAAGAGAGGGAGACCUGGGGGAAGAAGAUCGACUUUCUCCUGUCGGUGAUAGGGUUCGCUGUGGACCUGGCCAACGUGUGGAGGUUCCCCUAUCUCUGCUAUAAGAACGGAGGAGGAGCGUUCCUGGUGCCCUAUCUAUUCUUCAUGGUGAUAGCAGGCAUGCCUCUGUUCUACAUGGAACUGGCUCUGGGACAGUACAACAGAGAGGGGGCCGCUGGUGUCUGGAAGAUCUGCCCCAUAUUCAAGGGUGUUGGUUUCACAGUGAUCCUGAUCAGUCUGUACGUGGGCUUCUACUACAACGUGAUUAUAGCCUGGGCCCUGUUCUACCUGUUCUCUUCCUUCACCGGAGAGCUGCCCUGGGUCCACUGUAACAACACCUGGAACAGCCCCAACUGCUCAGACCUCUGGGCCUUCAACAACUCCCUCAACGACACACACAAGUCCACCCCCGCAGCAGAGUACUUUGAGCGUGGGGUGCUCCACCUACAGGACAGUGAGGGUAUAGCUGACCUGGGUCUGCCUCGUUGGCAGCUGACAUCCUGUCUAGCUGUGGUCAUCGUGGUUCUCUACUUCAGCCUCUGGAAGGGGGUCAAGACCUCAGGAAGGUAGGUUGUGUGGAUCACAGCCACCAUGCCCUACGUGGUCCUGACCGUCCUGCUGCUGCGUGGGGUCACCCUCCCUGGAGCCAUGGAUGGCAUUAAGGCCUACCUCAGCGUCGACUUCCUACGACUCUGUGAGCCUCAGGUCUGGAUAGACGCUGCCACUCAGAUCUGCUUCUCUUUGGGAGUCGGGUUUGGUGUGCUAAUAGCGUUCUCCAGCUAUAACAAAUUCAGCAACAACUGCUAUAGAGAUGCCAUCAUCACCAGUUCCAUCAACUCCCUGACCAGCUUCUUCUCUGGCUUCGUCAUCUUCUCCUUCCUGGGUUACAUGUCCCAUAAACACAGCGUGCCAUUGGACAAGGUGGCCACAGACGGUCCUGGUCUAGUGUUCAUCAUCUACCCAGAGGCCAUUGCAACAUUACCAGGAUCAUCAGUGUGGGCAGUUAUCUUCUUCAUCAUGUUGCUGACUCUGGGCAGGUCGACAAUGGGAGGGAUGGAGUCAGUGAUCACAGGAUUGAUGGAUGAGUUCAAGUUUCUCCACAAACACCGGGAACUCUUCACCCUCUUCAUCGUUGUGUCCACCUUCCUCAUCUCACUGUUCUGUGUCACUAAUGGUGGUAUCUAUGUGUUCACUCUGCUGGACCAUUUUGCUGCUGGGACAUCCAUUCUCUUUGGAGUGCUUAUUGAGGCCAUCGGCAUCGCCUGGUUCUACGGAGUGGACCGGUUCAGUGACGACAUCGAGGAGAUGAUCGGACAGAGACCAGGCCUGUACUGGAGACUGUGCUGGAAGUUUGUCAGCCCGUGCUUCCUCCUGUUCAUGGUGGUGGUGAGCUUCGCGACCUUUAACCCUCCUAACUACGGGACGUACACGUUUCCCAUAUGGGCCAACAUGAUUGGCUGGUGCUUGGCUAUUUCCUCCAUGACCAUGGUGCCUCUCUAUGCCAUCUACAAGAUGUGCACCUUACCUGGAAAGUUCUGUGAUAGACUGGCCUACGCCAUAACGCCUGAGCACGAACACCACCUGGUGGAUAACGGAGAAGUUAGGAGGUUUACGCUCCAACACUGGAUGGUGAUCUGAGCCCAGGAAGAAGACAGGGGUCUGUUCACAUGGAGGAUGGAUGGAUAGAGAGAGGGAGG